AUGCCAACUUCGCUACAGUUUCAGAGACCUUCCACCGCCGGAGACGCAACCGUCAGCUACAAACAGAUUCAAGAAGUGAGCCUCACGCGCGGGAUGUCCGACGUGCCUGAACACGUGGAGCUUUCUCACACGCACGUGGUGGGUCCCUCUCAGUGUUUCUCCGUCGUGGUGCAAGACGUUGAGGCUCCGGCUUCCGCCGUGUGGUCGAUCCUAAGCCGCUUCGAACACCCUCAAGCCUACAAACAUUUCGUGAGGAGCUGCCACGUGGUUGUCGGAGACGGUCGUGAGGUUGGUUCGGUCAGAGAGGUCCGAGUCGUGUCUGGUCUCCCCGCUGCGUUCAGCUUAGAGCGGCUUGAGAUCAUGGACGACGAUCGCCACGUCAUCAGUUUUAGCGUCGUGGGUGGGGACCACAGACUUCAAAACUACCGGUCGGUGACGACGGUGCACGAGUCUUCUUCGUCGGAGGACGGUGAGAAGAGGACACGUGUCGUUGAGUCAUACGUUGUUGAUGUACCGGCUGGUAACGAUAAGGAAGAGACUUGUAGCUUCGCAGAUACCAUUGUACGUUGCAACUUGCAAUCGUUGGCUAAACUCGCCGAGAAUUCGCCUAUAUAA